CCCCCCCAACCAUCUCUCCGUUAAAAAAAGUGACUCCUCUCUGUCUAUCUAAUGUGAGGGGGUUGGGAGACGGUCCAAGACACGAACCAUGUCAAACCUGGGCAAGGCCGGGACCAAGAAAGACACCAAGAUGAGGAUACGAGCCUUUCCCAUGACAAUGGAUGAAAAGUAUGUAAAUAGCAUCUGGGAUCUAUUGAAGAAUGCAAUCCAAGAGAUUCAGCGCAAAAAUAAUAGUGGACUCAGCUUUGAGGAGCUCUACCGAAAUGCUUACACAAUGGUAUUACAUAAGCAUGGUGAGAAACUAUAUACUGGAUUGAGAGAAGUGGUUACUGAGCAUCUGAUCAAUAAGGUACGGGAAGAUGUGCUAAAUUCAUUGAAUAACAACUUCCUCCAAACUUUAAAUCAAGCCUGGAAUGACCACCAAACCGCAAUGGUGAUGAUCAGAGACAUCCUCAUGUACAUGGAUCGUGUGUAUGUACAACAGAAUAAUGUAGAGAAUGUUUACAACCUGGGGUUGAUCAUUUUCAGAGAUCAGGUUGUACGCUACGGUUGUAUUCGAGACCACCUACGGCAAACACUUCUGGAUAUGAUUGCUCGGGAGAGGAAGGGAGAGGUGGUGGAUAGAGGUGCAAUUCGAAACGCAUGCCAGAUGCUAAUGAUUUUAGGUCUAGAAGGACGAUCAGUUUAUGAGGAAGAUUUUGAGGCUCCAUUUUUAGAGAUGUCUGCUGAAUUCUUUCAGAUGGAAAGCCAGAAGUUUUUGGCAGAGAACAGUGCAUCUGUGUACAUAAAGAAGGUGGAGGCGAGGAUUAAUGAAGAAAUUGAGCGAGUGAUGCACUGCCUUGAUAAGUCUACAGAAGAGCCAAUUGUUAAGGUGGUGGAGAGAGAACUCAUCUCCAAACAUAUGAAGACUAUAGUAGAAAUGGAAAACUCAGGCCUAGUCCAUAUGCUAAAAAAUGGAAAGACAGAAGAUCUAGCUUGUAUGUACAAACUGUUCAGCCGUGUACCAAACGGUCUGAAAACGAUGUGUGAAUGCAUGAGUUCCUACUUGAGAGAGCAGGGUAAAGCUCUGGUAUCUGAGGAAGGAGAAGGCAAGAACCCAGUUGACUACAUUCAGGGCCUUCUGGAUCUGAAGGGCAGGUUUGAUCGUUUCCUUCAGGAUUCGUUCAACAAUGACCGUCUCUUCAAACAAACCAUUGCUGGUGACUUUGAAUACUUCCUCAAUCUCAACUCAAGAUCUCCUGAGUAUUUGUCACUAUUUAUUGAUGACAAGCUGAAGAAGGGAGUGAAAGGACUGACAGAACAAGAAGUGGAGACCAUCUUAGACAAGGCCAUGGUUCUUUUCCGGUUUAUGCAGGAGAAGGAUGUGUUUGAGCGAUAUUACAAGCAACAUUUGGCCAGAAGACUUCUCACCAACAAAAGUGUGUCUGAUGACUCCGAGAAAAAUAUGAUUUCAAAACUUAAGACUGAAUGCGGCUGCCAGUUUACAUCCAAACUGGAGGGAAUGUUCAGGGACAUGAGUAUCUCAAACACAACGAUGGAUGAGUUCCGACAGCACUUACAAUCUACAGGGGUUUCUCUAGGAGGUGUUGAUUUGACAGUAAGAGUCUUAACCACGGGUUAUUGGCCUACUCAAUCAGCCACACCAAAAUGUAACAUCCCUCCAGCACCACGACAUGCCUUUGAAGUCUUUAGAAGAUUCUACUUGGCAAAGCACAGUGGACGACAGCUCACACUCCAACACCACAUGGGUUCAGCAGAUCUAAAUGCCACUUUCUAUGGCCCAGUGAAAAAGGAAGACGGAUCUGAGGUUGGCGUAGGUGGAGCUCAAGUAACUGGUUCUAAUACCAGAAAGCACAUAUUACAAGUGUCUACUUUCCAGAUGACUAUAUUAAUGCUGUUUAACAACAGAGAAAAAUAUACAUUUGAGGAAAUUCAGCAAGAGACAGAUAUUCCUGAACGAGAGCUGAUCCGAGCUCUUCAGUCAUUGGCGUGUGGCAAGCCAACACAACGGGUCCUGAGCAAAGAGCCCAAGUCAAAGGAAAUUGAGCCUGGUCAUGUUUUUGUAGUGAAUGAUCAGUUUACAUCAAAGUUACACAGAGUCAAGAUUCAAACAGUUGCUGCCAAACAAGGAGAGUCAGACCCAGAACGAAAAGAAACCCGGCAGAAAGUUGACGAUGACCGAAAGCAUGAAAUUGAAGCUGCCAUUGUCCGCAUCAUGAAAUCAAGGAAGAAGAUGCAACACAAUGUUCUGGUAGCAGAGGUGACUCAGCAGCUGAAGGCUCGUUUCUUACCAAGCCCAGUGGUUAUUAAAAAGAGAAUCGAGGGACUUAUUGAGAGAGAAUAUUUGGCACGAACACCUGAGGAUCGCAAAGUAUACACUUAUGUAGCAUAAGGUGCAUUCGGCAGGUUGAUCUGUUCUGGACUGUAUAAUCGCAUGAACUGGGAGGUUCGUUUUAAAAAUAUUAAGAAGACCUUCUCCAAAUAAAUUGCAGUAAGUGUACUAGAUUAUUCAGAUCAAGCCCUCAUUCCCUGUGAUAAUUUUGAACACGAAUGGACCCAACUUCUGGUUGCUCACCGUUUUACCCAUGUAGAGAUCAUCUUUAACAGUUCCUCGGGAAAAUGUGAAUGUUGUUUCCAUUUCGUUUUCAGUACUGUAAAAAAAGGAAAUAAAAUCUAGAAAACGUGAAAUACCAUCAAUACAAAUAAAAAUAAUUGUUUGAAUUUAUUUUUCCCUGCUUCUCAACAUUGAUGUAAAGGUGUUUUUUUCCUAAAUGUUUGGCAUCUUGUAAGGAUUGGGUAUAUUAUUUAUAUAUAUAUAUAAUAUAUUAUAUAUAAAAAUAUAUUCAGCUGGUUAAAUGAACUGCAACUGCCUCAUUUGUAUUGCCUACUUUUGAGACGUUCCAGUAAUCAGAAACCUAUAUUUGAACCAAACAAAAUCUACUGCUGCAAACGGCAGGAAUAUGCUAUUUUUUAAAGCACACUUUAUUUUACCGUUGGACAAAGUAACUGUAUGUGUUAAGUCAGCAGAAAUCUUUGGGUGGGGCCCUGAAAAACAAGGCAUUACACCAUUAACACUUUUUUUCAUUGGCAUUUGCAGUCCGUUCCCAGUUACUUAUGAAGUGAAUAAACUUGUUUUAUUUUUAGUGUGUAUAAAAUGUAUAAUUUUUUNGCUGUUGUACUCACUGCUGAUAGUAGCUUGCACAGCGCACUGUUUUCAUUACAUUACUUGUAGCCACAGGAAUUCGAAAUAAAAAUGAGUAAAACUAGUGAAAACCGACAUUGUACACAAGAUGUAUACAAUCGUAAUAUCUUUUGGGAUGAUUAGCUAGAACAGAUCAUUAAAAUAGUUGAGACAAAUGCAUGGCAUAGAUCCAUUUUUUAUGAUGGGACCUUUUUUUAAAAAAAAAUUACUCCUGUCUAGUUAGAGAAUUGUGGAUAAAUUGAAGGUUCACUUGCAGUUUUUUUUUUUUGGGGGGGGUAUAUUUAUGUCAAACUAAGCAAAGUUGUUUGCUCAUUAGCCAUAAGAAAUGGGGAGGUAUUUCUCAUCUGGCUUACCACUAAUAUCAGCAUUAAGAAGUUUAAGGUUGAGGAGUUUUCACUCCAUUCUAUUGAGGCUAUUAGCCAUGCACCCUAAUCAAACACUUAGGCUGCCAACUUAUGCAAACUGUAUUUUUAUAGCUUUACCCGGGAAAUGUGUUCACUUCCUAAAUUGGUAGAAACUUGUGGUGUGUAACGUAUUCUUCCUGAAUUUCAUAAUGAAUGUUGAACCAUUCCCACAUGAUAGUUGUAAUCACAUCGAUUUUAAUGCUCUUUCAAAGUGAAUUCUGUGUGUGUUAUGGCCAAAAGUCUUGAGAGAGCCAUCCUAGUUCUUCAUGCUGUACCAAGGGCUCUAUUGUACCACAUUUCAAAAAUGGCGCUUCAAGUGACUUUUGAGCAUAUCCACAAUUAUAUUGGAGUCGGCUUUUUUUNAAGCCCCAUCCAGUGCUGUAUGUGGAGUGAGCAUGGGUACAAGUGGGAUUGAAAGUUUAAUAAAACAACGUUUAGUAAAAUUUUGGGAACACUUAAUAUAUGUAUACCUACAGUAAUUUAUGUUUAAAAGGUUAAUCUUCAGUAGGCUAUUGAUUUUUAAGUUAUGAGGUUUGUUAUUAUAGAUAAAUGUCAUUGUUUGCUGUACUACAUUUUAAGGGCAUAUUACGAUAAAUCCAGUUCAGCCAAGGUCUUUGUUAUGGUGACACCCAAUGGAAUACACAUUAAAGGUUCUACACAAAGUA